UGUUGAGACUCAGAGUCAGAGCAAGAGGAGGAGCCAGGAAUAAGAUCCGAGACUGCAGUGCGGGAAUGCAUGGCGGUGGCGCGACCUCUGACACUGCAAAAACCUUGUCAAUGCUAGGUACCUAGUCUCCCUUGGAAGAGCACAGCCAUCCACGACCGCAGAAGCGAGCACUGGCAGGUCUUCUAUGAAGGAAACCGGUUGAAUGUUCCAACUCUACGCCGGUACCACGCAAAUGUGGCACCUUAAGUGAUAGUAUGCUGGCCACCCGCGACAUUGCACGAAGUGGAGGCGAGUAGAAGUCUGCUUGUGCAGGAAUGGCUAGCGCACACUGCCUGUUGGCGCAGAAAUGCACGCUUGGUAGUCCAGCAUUGGUGCAUCAUCUUCCAGGGGCAAGCAACAGACUUGAAAGCAGCUGCAACCCUGAUCUGUUUGUCAGUGCUGCACAUGCUCCUCAUGGACACCCCGAGUUGCGACGAAGGGCGGCAGGGCUUGAUGGCGCACAUGCGGGUUGCCAUUCAAAUCUCCGGUUGGUAAAUUCCGCACGAAUACGGCAUUGGCGGCGGGCGUCCUCAAAACGAGAAGGGGGCCUCGGGACGGAGGAAAAGGAACGAGAAAAGGAUAACAAGAAGGCCGCCGAAAAUGGCGCUUCCUCGGGGGAGCGAGAGAACGGGCUGCCUCCAGGCCCGCUGGCGGACAUCGCGCAGGCAGCGGAGAGCGUAACGGAAGCCGCCACCGAGGUGCUUCAUGAGGUGGAGCUAGCGACGGAGAGUCUGCAGUCGUUGAUCGAGGAAGUGCCAGCACCGGUGGCGCCAAUAUCAGAGCAGAAGACAGCGCUGAUAACCGUGGCAUUCUGGGUUGCUGCGGCCGCUGUGUUUGGAGCUGGAGUGGGCAUCGUGCAAGGGCCUGGCAAGGCAUCCGAAUACUUUGCGGGGUACAUCCUUGAGCAGAGCCUUUCGGUGGAUAACUUGUUUGUCUUCGUGCUCAUAUUCAAAUACUUCCAAGUGCCAUUGGAUUACCAGAACCGCGUGCUGAGUUGGGGUAUUGCAGGGGCGGUUGUCUUCCGGGCCCUUCUUAUUGGACUGGGUGCGGCAACCGUGCAAGAGUUCACCGCUGUCAACCUGGUGUUUGCCGGCAUCCUUCUCUUCUCCUCCUUCAAGCUGCUGCAAGGCGACGAUGAUGAGGAUGAAGAUCUGUCCGAUAACUACAUCGUCAAAACGUGCUCCAAGCUCAUCAACUCCACGGAUUACUAUGACGGGAACAACUUCUUCACUGUGGUGGACGGUGUCAAAAGGGCUACCCCGUUGCUGCUGACGUUAGCCGUCGUCGAAUUGAGUGACAUCGCCUUCGCGGUCGAUUCCAUUCCCGCCGUCUUCGGAGUCACCCACGACCCCUUCAUCGUCUUCAGCUCCAACAUCUUCGCCAUCAUCUGCCUGCGGUCCUUGUACACGCUGGUGGCGGGAGUGAUGAAGGACCUCCGGUUUCUCCAGCCGUCCAUCGCCAUCGUCUUGGGCUUCGUUGGGGCCAAGCUGAUCGCGGAGUUCGCUGGCCUUCAAGUGCCCACCGAAAGCUCGCUCGCCGUUGUGAUUGGAGUGCUGGGCAGUGGCAUCUUCCUAAGUUUGAAGUUCCCAGAGGAGAAAGAAGAUUGAAGAACGCGCCAAGCUAGUGACAAUCAGGUUCUUCGUUCUCGAUUGCACGCACUCAGUAGUGACAGGAAUCCCCUUUCGUUGAAGGUCCGUAUGCAACGGAUCUUGUAAGAUACUACCAUCAGUGGAUGAAAAUUUGUCAUGAAAGGACGCUUGCGAGGGUUAAAGAGGGCACUGUACAAGGUCCUUCUGCUAAAUUGCAUUUGAAGUAUUGAUCGGCAAGAUUUAGAGCCGUUUGCUUGAUUGCUGGAAACAACCUUGCUGAGUUGCUUAAAGUGGCUCAUGUAAUCUCGCCACAUAUCUUGUCCGGAAGAUUGAGGUCGUCGAUUGAAGGGAGCGUCAGUGGUAAAGGUAGACCAAUUCUGCACUUGAUAACAGUCGUUGGUUCUCAAGCUCGAGUAGCCGAACUCGCAUCAUACGUUUAUAACACCUAGUAAAGAACACACAGCAAUUGAAGCACAAGAGUUAAC